AGAGCGACUGCUCAGCACCGUCAAGCGUGAGCCGCAACACCGACGCCGGGAAUAGGGAGAAGCCCCCUCAGACAACAACAGGAAAAGACCCAUUUCCCAGAAGUGGAAGAAAAGUCAACCGGCACUGAGGAUGGCUCCUAUCCCCUUCCUUCAACUGGCAUGAUCCUAAGAAAACCGAAACCUGAAUGUCAACAGCUUGCUUUAUUUCUGUAACUCCCUGACAGCUUUGCUGUUAAGAAGGGAAGCCUGAGCCGGCUGGCAGAAGUUCUUGCCUUUGACCUGGUGGGUCACUUUGGUUAUAAAGUCUGCAGGACAGAAACAUUUUUUUUGACAGCUGCAGCAGCUGAACAUCCGGAUCCCCCUUUGCAGCAUGGUUGGGCAGCUACUCUUCUUCUUGUUGGCCGUGUCUGGUUCCCCAGCCAAGGUGCUGGAGCCCCGGCAAAAAGUGACCGCCGUGCUUGGCAAAGAUGUCAUGCUCCCUUGCUCCUACCAGGCCACGGCGGGUGAGAAGGUGUUCCAGGUGACGUGGCUGAAGCGUGGAGAUGAUGGGCAGACUGUGGAGCUAGCCGCUCUGAAUUCAGAGCAUGGGGAGUAUAUCCAGGAGGCCUACGCAGGACGAGUGUCGUGGCAGUCACAAGAGUCCCUGAAGAACGGCUCAAUCGUGUUGAGGAAUGCGGUUCAGGCCGAUGAGGGAAACUACGAAUGCCACCUCAUCACCUUCCCACAGGGAAACUUUGAGUCCCACCUCACCCUCAAGGUCCUAGUGCCCCCACUGCCAACUUUAAACCCCGGUCCCCCUUUGGAGGAAGGGCAGGGUCGCACUCUGGCUGCCUCGUGCACUGCAGAAGGGAACCCCGUGCCCAACGUGACCUGGGAGACAGAAGUGACCGGCAAGACUGACAUCCGCCACUCCUCUCACCCCCGCUCGGCGUCUGUCACCAUUGAGUACUACGUGGUCCCCGGGCGGAACAUGCACGGCAAGCUGCUGACCUGCGUCGUCUCCCACCCGGGACUGCAGCACCAGAAACGGAUCACGCACAGGCUCAACGUGUCAUAUCUGUCGGAUGCUUCAGUCCUGGGCCAUGAGACAGAGGAGGAUUGGGUCACAGGAGAGGAGGGGGUCUCCCUGAAAUGCCUUGGGGAUGGGAACCCUCCGCCUACGUACAACUGGACUAGGCAAAACGGUGCUCUCCCAAGUGGAGUGAAAACAAAAGGGGACACCCUGCUGUUCCAGAGACCGCUCAGCUUAGAAGAUGCAGGCGUCUAUAUAUGCCGAGUAGCCAACAGCUUUGCCACCAAGGAGGCCGAGGCCGAGGCGACCAUCAACAUAAGAGAGAACAAGGCCAAACAAGUGAAUGUCAUCUCCAUCUCCAUGAUAGGAGCGGGCGCCAUAGCCGUUCUGCUCCUUGGAUUACUGGUUCUGGUGGUCAUCCUCAUGACCUGCUACCAUCGACGGAAAACCAAGCGGAUCACCGAGAAAUACGAAGAGGAGCUGACUUUAACGCGGGAAAAUUCGAUUCGGCGCCUCCAUUCAAGCCACAGCGAUACACGAAAUCAGCUGGAAGAAAAUCUUCCCCUCAGGUCAGAGAGCCGGCAGGGCAGUUUCCGUGGGGAUAGCUUUUGUCGAGAGAGCCUGCGAGGGGACAGCUUGUGCCGGGACAGCAUAUGCCGGGACAGUCGGCACGGCAGUUUCCGGGCAGAAAGUAUGCGGGAAACGAGCCUCUGCUCAAUCAUGGGCGAGGAAGAGGGAGGACGCAGCUACUCGACCUUAUCAACAGUGCGGGAAAUUGAGACUCAGACAGAGCUGCCACCGCCGCCACCUACCCCUAUCCAGGAGAACGGGAUGGAGAAGGAGAAAGAGAAAGAGGAGGAGGAGGAGGCGGAACAGCGGGACGGUGAAAAUAACAUCAAGCAGGCCAUGACGCACUUCGUCCAAGAGAACGGUACCCUCAGAGCCAAACCCACCACCAACGGCAUUUACAUCAACAGCCGGGGACACUUGGUGUGACCUUUGACCCGGCCGAGGAAUUUUGGGACCCGGCAACACACUGAACCGUCCUUCCCAUUGCCUAUUAGUGUCUCCCCGUGGUAAGGGAGGAAGCAGUCCUUAAGACAGAGGAAUAUCUUCUGAGCCACUCGCCAGCUUGCCUGCAACACCCAGACUCUGUGGUUUCUUUGUAGGUCUCAACACCCUUCCUUCUCCUCCCCGGGAUCCCUCUCCAAAACCAUGGCCGCGUUCGGCAAAUUCUUUCCCAUCCUGCUGCAUGCGCCGGAGGACGGCGACAUCCCAUCCUCCGUCGGAUGGGUGACAGAAAUCACCGCUGGGAAACUUCUUGUCCUGCCCCUGUGGAACAGUUAUAAGGCCUGGCUGCUGUCUGAAAAGAAAUCCGAACAUUCAAGACAAGUGAUUCAAAAGACGCUGCCAGGCAGGGGUGCCCUCACUUGAUUAUGUUGCAAGGUAGUUGUUGUUUUUUCCUGGGCUCAGGGAUGGGAAUCGUGAAACUGUGGUGUCUUCUUUUUAAUUAUGACGAUGAUGAUGAUUAGGUAAAUGUCAUAUCUCUCAGCAGUUAUGAGCAGCAGCUAUAAAGUGAGAAGGCAAAUGUUUUUAAAAGGAAAAAAACUUUAAGGGAAAAAUGUCUUGCUUGAGAGAGACCUGAUUUAAGCUGUUUGAAGAACACAGAAAUCACGGGCGUUAAAUCACUGUAGCUCCCUCUGAGCUAUGAAUCAACUCCUCUAGAAGGAAGUCUUUGCAAUAUGGCUUGAUUUUCUGGUGUGGGAGAUCACUGUGGGCGGGAUCCCGGGGUCCCGUGGCUCAGUGCCCUCCCAGUCCUUGUUACAAUUUGUAUCUGGAUGAUGCUCAGAUGGUGUGUUUUGCCUGCCAGAUGAAAAAAUGAAGCAUGCCCCAUUAUUUUGAUGGCCAAAGUUCCAGCAGCUGCGGCUCCCAGGUGGUAAAUAAAAGUCCCAAUUAGUCCUUGUCACAGAAGUCCUGCUGCCUUGCUGUUAUGGUGGGGAGGCCAGAUUUGUGCCAUCUUCUCAAACCAACCAAUGGAAGUUCAGAUUCACUGGCAGGGUUUUAUUUUCUUUCUUUCUUUUUUUACCGUGUAGAGUAAAGCCAUCUGCUGCAUUGAAUUAAAUCUAUCAAGUUAAAAUAUAGUAGGGAAAGAGAUUGUGCUGAUAACAUAGGGCAGUGGUGGCGAACCUAUGGCACGCAUGCCAGAGGUGGCACUCAGAGCUCUCUUUGCGGGCACGCACACCGUCACCCAAGUUUGGCCACUCGGCAGUGGCAUAGGGGAUGAGGGGCACGCGAUGCACUGGGCACGCAUCCCUGUGGGGCGUGUCAAGAGCAUUCCAAGGGGUGUGAUGGAGGUGUUUUGGAGCAUUCCAGGGACAUUCCAGAGCAGGGUGGGGGCAUGACAGGGAUGCAGGGUGCACACGUGCCCUGGACAGAGUUUCCCCUUGCUCCGCCCCUGGCACUCGGUCUCUAAAAGAUUUGCCAUCACUGACAUAGAGGAUAGGGAAACCAUCUGGACAGGGGGUUUUUUGCAUGGAUUUCCACAGCCACAGGAAAACGACAGAAAUGAAUUUCUACACAUUGUGUUAAAAAAACAUGCGACGCUUAAUGAAAAGCAGGGUUUUGAUAUAACAGAUACAAAAUGCCUGAGGUUUUUGCACCGUGUUCCUUUCCUCUCUCUAUCCCAGGCAGGUUGACUUUAGAGACAGUUUACAAAUGCAAGUAAUUGCUUGGUUGUGACACUUUUAAGAAAAGACUCCUUUGGAAAAAAAACUUUUGUGGUGUUUAUGCUGAUGUGGGAUGUAGCACAAUUUUUUUUCGUGGUGCUCAAGCUGCGACGGCUUGUUUGCUGGCACAAAUAAUCCUUUGAAGCUGCUACAGUAGGGACUGCUUGUUUGGGCACCUGCCCCGAAGAAAGGGCUUGGCGAGUCGGUCACUCAGAUUACAUAUUUUGCAUACAGAAGGUGUCGGAUUAGCCAAUGAAAGGUCUCCAGAUAAAGAGCAUCUCUGACAAGAAAGUAGCUGCCAAUCAGGCUAGACACUGAAGUAGGCAGACCACAGGUACAAGGUCACAGGCAAAGGUUUCUGGGAAGGAGCCAUAGCUCAGGGGCAGGACACCUGCUUUUGACGCAUAAGGCUAAGUCCUUGGUAUCUGGAAUAAAAGAAUCUCAGAUCACAGGUGCUUAGGGAAAACUUUUCUCUGCUUCGAAAUCUGGCUGUCAGAGAGAACAGCGCUGGAUGAGAUGAACCAAUGGUCCAACUUGUAACAUGUGUGGGAUGCAUGUGAGAACACACUUAGGCCCCUUCCGCACAAGCAGAAUAAUGCACUUUCAAUCCGCUUUCACAAUUGUUUGCAAGUGGAUUUUGCUACUCCGCACAGUAAAAUCCAGCUGCAGAGUGCAUUGAAAGUGGAUUGAAAGUGUGUUAUUCUGCAUGUGUGGAAGGGGCCUCAGCGCUGGGUUUUAAAGGAGGGUGUUGCCCACGCUUGCACACAUGCUGCCUGAUUGCCAUCAGCUGUCAGUGAUUCAAGCCGGUUGUGUAAAGGACCACCAUUGAAAAUGUAUGCUAUAUGCAGGGAUGCCCUGACUUGGAUGACCUCUGUUAGUACUUGGGUGGGAGACCAUCAAGGAUGUCCAGGGCCAUAACACAGAGGCAUGCAGUAGCAAACCGCCUCUGGACAUCUCUUGCCUUGUAAAUCCUUCAGGGUUGGUCGCCAUAAGUCGAAUGUGAUUUGAUGGCAAAAAAAAAAGCAGGGAUAUGAAGUCUGAUUGGUGAUUGCUUAUUUGCAUAUGCAGAUUGCUUAUUUGCAUAUGCAGAUUGUUUGCUUAUUUGCAUAUGCAGAUUGUCACCUGAUACACUGAGUCACUCCACUGAUUUUGUUCAAAGUGAGUCAGGAAUUGGCUGGAAUUGACUUUCGCCUCUGCAGUGAACUGUCUGGGUAGUCUGAGGCAAGCUGCUCUUUCUCUCUCUCAGCCUCAGCAGUAACGUGAGGAUAACAAUACUGGCCUACCUUAUAGGGUUGUUGUUACAAGAUAAUGUAUGUGAGCUCCCAAAGGCACCUAGUGGGCCACUGCGAGUAGCAGAGUGCUGGACUAGAUGGGCUCUGGUCUGAUCCAGCUGGCAUGUUCGUAUGUGAAAUGUGUGUUUGGUCUGCCUGUUAGUCUUUCUCAGUCAAGCUGACUCACCCCCACCAAAUAUGCACACAUCUCACAGUUCAUUGUCACCAGUGACCGGUCCCGCACAGAAAUAUUCCACUUCUACAUUUAAAUUGCUUUGAAAAAAGUGGAGAGGGUGAGAGUUGAAAUAGCAGCACAUCUCCAAGACUCUGUGCUUGAUGCAACCUUUUUCCCCGCUUGUAAAUUAGGAAAUAAUAGCUGGCGUUUUCAAACACAACCCAGGCACUUAUCGAUCUGGGAGAGUUCAAAAAUUCAGCCAUUUUUACAGAUUCACCAACAAACACCCUUUCCAGGUGACUCAGGGAAGAGCUCUGUCAAAAAUGUGUAUGUAGCAGGUAGUCAAAGGUGAGCUUACAGGCUCAUUCAAAAUGGUUCUCCCAGCCUCAGUUUCUGUGAUAUCCGAGGACUUCCAUUAACAGAGAGGCUUGUGUGAGCUUUGGUAACAUGCUUUUAUGGGUUCCGCCUUCACAAUGUUCUCGUAGGGUGUUCUUUUCCCCAAGAUGGCCACUGGCUGUCUCACCAAAAAUGGCUCCCAGUCUUGUGCUCACGCUGUCAAUGGAGGAACUUGCUCUGGACAACAUGAGAGCCAGAAGCCCCUCCACCAAGUCCAUCUCUGAGGUAUUUUCUAUUAAGGGUCUUUUCGCCUCCUUUGGGACCUGCAAGUGUUAGCAUUAUGUUUUUGUUUUUUGUUUUGAAAUGUGUAAACGUGUCACUAUGCUAUGUUUUAUUUGUGUAUUAUUUGCAGCUAUUCUUGGUAUCCUGAAGGGCAGCUCUUACUUGAAAAGUCAAUUAAAGCUGAGGGGUUGCCAGGUCUCCUCAGAAGGAGCUUGGUGGUACUUAUGUGGGGCAAAGGAUGGCACCUGGCCAAUCAAGGGAAGAACUCGGCUGUGCCUGGUGGUGCUUGGACAGAAUGAACAUAAGGUUGAGUGAACAGCGAAAGCACUCAUACCAAGAAGAAAAUAAGCCUGCCCCUUAUUCUGAGCACUGGAGACUUCACUCCUUCCUCUGAGAAGGUUAAAACCCUAAACCUUCUAAGUGGGAGACCUAGCAAUCCUACAACCUGGGGAAAGGGGGUGGGAGUUUUCUUCAAGGAUGCAACAUUGGCCUAGAUGUAGUGCCGAAGGGAGGAUACUGGCACCCGGGACAAACUGGUGCCUGCGCCCCCCCGGCACCGCCCCCCUGCCCCCGUCUCACUUACCUUUAAAAGCUAAAAGAGCAGCCUGCUCCGGUCAGUGGAGGCUGAUCUGGGCCAUGGGGGCAGUCUGACAGGAGGCGUGGGGGAGCGAUUCUCCGCCCCGCCCCCCCACGUCUGAGCCUGGGGCAUUUGUUCCCCCGUCCUGCGGUAGCUCUGCCUUUGCCUAGAUGCACCUAGCUUGAUAUAAUAGCUUGUCAGUUGUAGGGUAAGGGAGUCCUACGGAGAUCCACGAUCCACAGUAGUAUUUUUACAUUGUUGCCAUCCACAUACUGCAACUGAGGAACUCCGUGUCUUUAAAAUAGUCUAAAUAGGCAUCUACUUUUAUUGCUGCUAUCUCCUGAGGCCUAGAGGAUUGCCCAAAACAUUCCUGUUACAGUUUCUUCACAAAAACAUGGGAGCACUUAUUUACAGGCUAAUUUCCAUAGCUCAUUCACUUCUGGAGUCUCUGGGUGGGCGACCUCUAGAGUUUGGGGGAGAACCUGGCCCAGUGGGGUUUGACGGUAGGAGAAAAGCCAUAGAGCCACAAUGCCAUAGAGCCCAACCUCCAAAGCAGCCAUUUUGUCCAAGAGAACUGAUCUCUCUGGUCUGGAGAUCCACUGUAAUUCCAGAUACUCUGCAGGCCAUACCGGAAAGCUGGCAACCCUACUCAUCCUUCUUAGAUGUACUUUCCCCAGAAUUGUGGGCAGCAGAGAAGGUCUUAAUUUGAGCCAGAAACUAACAGUGGGAUUGAUUUCCUUCUAACAUGUAUAGAUAGACAAUGAGGCAAAGUUGAAUGAAAUUUACCACAAACUGAAGAACAGAAUAAAGUGCCUUAGAAAAACUGCAGCGAGAUGCCUCCAUCUUUUGCAGUCUCCAGAAUUAUCUAAUACAUCCUUUACUAUAUUUCCCCUUUUAAUGUUUUAUCUUGUGUAGGAGUUUUUACCUACCUGCCUGCCUGCCUGCCUACCUAAUCUGUUUGAAUUUAUUCAUCUGAUCUUAUUUUUGAUAUCUCUUUCUCAUUUUAAAAAAAUUAUAUAUUUCCCUCUCUACCGAAAGUCCAAUGCAGCAAACUCUAAUAAAAUUGAUAAUGAAAUAAAUCAGCCAACAAAAAUAACAGCAGCAACGGAAGAAACGGCAACUGCAUAAAACUAAAUAAUGCAAAUACAGAUCAUCCAAAUUUCAUAAUAGGAAUAAAAGAUCAUUUCAAGAUCAACAAAUAAAAUUUAUCCAUAAGACCUAAAGCCAGCUUGGCGGGGGUGGGGGAGGGUCUCAGCUAGGGCCCCUUCUCAAUUACAUGAUAAAAUAACUUACCACAUCCUGAACUGGGCUAGGCAAGACUGUUUUCUACAAGUUUUGAUUGUUGCAAAUGAUGUGGGGGGGAAGGAUUUUUAAAACCCCUUUCUACCAUAGUCUGCUUCUCCCUUUCCCUUCUCUUGAGUCUCCAAAGUUUUCACUCUCUUGAGUAAUUGCUUUGCCUUUCUAAAGGAAGUUGUAGAAGCCAUUACUCUGCCUCUUGAUUGCGCAAACUCUGCAUAUAUAAGAAGUGUGAUAUAAUAAUUACAACUAAGAAUCACUUCACAUUAUUUUGAAGGAGAACCACAGACACAUAGACACAUUUUCUCACAAUACUAGAACCAGGGGGCAUACAUUGAAAAUGCUGGGGGGAAGAAUUAGGACUAAUAAAAGGAAACACUUCUUCACGCAACGUGGGAUUGGCGUUUGGAAUAUGCUGCC